AUGUCGGGACCUGGAGCUUUCUCCUUGCCUAUCAGGUAUGCGGAUCCUGAAUACAACUCAACACACCACAACCUUUUCUCAAAAUCCUCCAUUCGUCCGUUGGAAAAUAUUCUUCCACCCGGCGUGAAGCAGGCAGAUUUUGAUACCGCCAUCGUCAAACUUCAGAAAAUUCUGGGAUACGAGAAUGUCUACAUUGGAAAGGCUCUGGCGGAGUACAUUGACCCGUACGAACUCCAGGAAGAUCCUUCACGGAGAAAAGUGCCCAGCGGAGCCGUGUGCCCUGCAACUAUCGAAGAUGUACAGGGUGUUUUGAAGGUAGCGAACGAGUUCAAGAUCCCGGUGUGGACCUUUUCUGGUGGCAAGAAUUUGGGCUAUGGCGGCCCAGCUCCGCGACUGAGUGGUUCGUUGGCGCUCGAUCUGCACAGAAUGAACAAGAUCAUCGAAGUGAAUGACGAGUUCUCGUAUGCCGUCGUCGAGCCGGGCGUGACAUUCACAGAUCUGUACGACUACUGCAAGCUCCACAAGCUUCGCGUCUGGCCCAGUGUACCCUCUUUGGGAUGGGGGAGUGUCGUCGGAAACACCGUUGACCGAGGCACCGGGUUUCUACCCACAGCAACCCACCAUCAAAACGUUGCCGGACUUGAAAUCCUUCUUGCCGACGGCGAUGUCGUUCGCACGGGACACUUUGCUCAGAAUGGAUCCCCUUCAGCCCAUCUCACCAAAUUUACGUUCGGUCCCUCCAUCGAGGGGCUGUUCAUGCAGAGCAACCUCGGCAUCGUCACAAAGAUGGGAAUAUGGCUCACUCCUCAGCCACAAGCCUACCUGUCCUGCAACUUCUCGAUGGACGAGUUUGACGAUGUGGAGACGAUGGUUGAUCUCUUUAGCGAGAUGCGACGAAACGGAACCCUCCCCAAUACGGUGUACAUUUUCAACAUAAUCGAAUUUCUCGGGUUUGUAGGCAAACGAGCAGAACUGUGGGGCAAGGAUGAGCCGAUUCCCGACUGGAAGGUACGUGAACUUCAGAAAGAGCUCAACAUGGGAUACUGGAACGCCAAGUUUGGCCUCUACGGCCCGAAGGGGGUCAUCCAAGCGCAAUUCGACGAGUUCAAGCGGGUGGCCGCCAUCAAGGCCCCCAAAGGCCAGGCGCGCGGCGAGAUGUUCUGCGGCCAGGUAGACGAGUUGCUGGACGCCGCCAGUGUCGGAGAGCCGCACGGCGGACCGUUUGUGGGCGUGCCCUCACUCUGGAGUCUGCCCAUAAUCGGCUAUAGCCUCCCCAAAGACGGCACGGGCAUCGCAGGCCACGUGGACUUCUCGCCCGUGCUCCCGUCGUCGGGCAGAGCCAUACUGGAGUGGGCGAGAGCAUCCAGGGCUAUAUCCAACGCGCACGGCUGGGAUCUCGUGUGCGAUUUCUUCAUGCACGAGAGGCACGCCAUCUUUGUCAAUUUUAUGACGUUCGACAAGUCCAAGCCUCGGCACUGUCAAGCCAUCAGUUCGAUCCUCGCAGAGCUAUACCGCGAAGGGAAAAAGCGAGGCUACAGCACGUAUCGGACUCACAUAAAUUUCAUGGACUUGAAUGCUGAAAAUUAUGACUUCAAUAAUCAUGCCUACAGACGCUUCGUGGAGAAGAUCAAGGGCGCAGUCGAUCCCAAUGGCAUUUUGUCCCCUGGCAAGCAAGGCAUAUGGCCAGAAGCAUACCAGAGCUUCCGAGACCCGUCGGGCACGCUUGCAGACCCAAAGUCUGCGUUGCCUCGGAGCCGGGAGGGAAUUGCAAGUCAUAAGCUAUGA